AAUAAGAUUAUAAGUUCAUCUCCAAAAAAACAAAAACAAAAAACAUUUCACAUUUUUGCUCGUAUCUAUUUAUUUCUUUUUAGGGUAUUUUUAGGGUAUUUAACAGUUUGGCCAUUUACUUGCAGGAUUAUUAAUUUCUUUUUUCAUUUCAUUUUAGCUGGUCAUCCACAAAAUUUUGGUAAGUAUUAUAAUCCUAAAGGACAGUUUCCAUUUUUCUAAACAACAGAUGGAAAUCCAUAAGUAAUUGGACACACAAUAAUGAAACAUUUACCACAGCUAAAGUUAAACAAAGGUUAAUUGUCCUAGAGAAACACAUUUGUUUUCUUAAAUUAUAGUUCAUACUAUUCAUAAAUUACUCAAAUAGCUUUUGGGACAUGGGUGAAUAUUUCUCACUGAGUGAAAUUGUUCUUACAGCUCCUGAUUUUGCUGCUGGUAAGACAUACGUGUACAAGUAUGAAGCACUGCUCCUGGGCGGUCUGCCAGAGGAAGGCUUGGCAAGAGCCGGCCUCAAAAUCAGCAGCAAAGUUCUCAUCAGUAACACAGCCCAGAACAUAUUCAUGUUGAAGCUUGCGGAACCUGAACUCUAUGAGUACAGUGGCAUUUGGCCGAAGGAUCCUGUAAUCCCAGCAACCAAGCUGACUGCAGCCCUAGCACCUCAGCUCAUGACUCCCAUCAAGUUUGAGUAUACCAAUGGUGUUGUCGGAAAAAUGUUUGCCCCUGAGGGAAUCCCAGUAAUGGUGCUGAACAUCUACAGAGGUAUCCUGAAUGUCCUUCAGCUAAACAUCAAGAAAACACAGAAUGUCUACGAGUUGCAGGAGGCUGGAGCUCAGGGUGUGUGCAAGACCCUCUAUGCCAUCACCGAAGACGACAAGGCUGAACGCAUCCUUAUGACAAAGACCAGGGAUCUGAACCACUGUCAGGAGAAGGUCAUGAAGGACAUGGGGUUGGCAUACACUCAGUCAUGUCCAAAAUGCCAGCAGGAUUCAAAGAACCUCAGAGGAGCUACAGGAUACAACUACAUCUUGAAGCCAGUUGCUAAUGGCAUCCUGAUCUUGGAGGCAGCCGUCAAUGAGCUGAUUCAGUUCUCACCUUUCACUGAGAUGAACGGAGCUGCUCAGAUGCAGACCAAGCAAUCCCUGGUCUUCCUUGAGGUUCAGAGGGCCCCUAUUGUACCCAUCCAAGCAGAGUAUCUUCACCGUGGAUCUCUCAAGUAUGAGUUUUCCACCGAACUGCUUCAGACACCCAUUCAGCUCAUUAAGAUCACCAAUGCACAGGCCCAGGUAUCCUUUCAGACUGGUUUAAGAGAUCAGUGAAGUCCCAUAUAAACAUCUGUGAAUCUCUACCAUAUUUUAUGAUUUCCUGUCAUUCCUGUGUAGAUUGCGGAGAUUCUGAAUCAUCUAAUCACCCACAAUGUGGAGAAAGUCCAUGAGGAUGCCCCUCUGAAGUUUUUGGAGCUUAUUCAAAUUCUUCGUGCAGCCCGCUUUGAAGACCUGGAGAUGCUCUGGAGCCAAUACAGGAACAAACCUGCCUACAGACAGUGGAUCUUGGAUGCCAUUCCUGUCAUUGGAACUCCUGCUGCUCUGAGAUUCAUCAAGGAGAAAUUCCUGGCUGAGCAACUGACUGUUGCUGAAACAGCUCAGGCUUUGAUUGCAUCUAUUCACAUGGUGACAGCAAACACUGAGACCAUCAAGCAGAUUGAGGCCCUGGCAGUCAACAACAAAAUAGUGGAGAAUCCAGUUCUGCGUGAGAUCGUCCUCCUUGGAUAUGGUACCAUGAUUUCCAAAUACUGUGUUGAGAAGGCUGUCUGCCCUGCUGGACUCAUCAAGCCCAUCCAGGACCUUCUUGCAGAGGCUGUUGCUAAGGAUGACACCCAGGAAAUCAUCCUGCUUUUGAAGGUUUUGGGUAAUGCUGGCCAUCCUACUAGCCUUAAGCCAAUCACAAAGAUCCUGCCCAUACAUGGCACUGCAGCUGCAUCUCUUCCCAUGAGAGUUCAUGCUGAUGCAAUCAUGGCCUUGAGGAACAUCGCAAAGAAAGAGCCCAGAAUGAUCCAGGAAUUGGCUCUUCAGCUCUACAUGGACAAGGCUCUUCACCCAGAGCUUCGUAUGCUUUCAUGCAUCCUACUGUUUGAGACAAGACCUCCAAUGGGUUUGGUGACAACUCUUGCCAACAUUGUGAAGACAGAGGAGAAUCUGCAGGUUGCAAGCUUCACUUAUUCUCACAUGAAGUCCCUGACCAGGAGCACUGCUGCUAUCCAUGCUUCAGUUGCUGCAGCUUGCAACGUCGCCAUCAAAAUCUUGAGCCCAAGACUGGACAGACUGAGCUUACGUUUCAGCAAAGCCAUCCACAUGGAUAUGUAUAACAGUCCCUUGAUGCUUGGUGCUGCUGCCAGCACUUUCUACAUCAAUGAUGCUGCCACCAUUUUGCCCAAAUCUAUUGUGGCUAAGACCAGUGCCUACCUUGCUGGAGCUGCUGCUGAUAUUCUGGAGGUUGGAAUCAGAACUGAGGGACUCCAGGAGGCGCUUCUGAAAAACCCUGCACUUAUUGACAAUGCUGACAGGAUCACCAAGAUGAAGCGUGUCAUUAAGGCUCUGUCUGAGUUGAGGUCUCUGCCCAAAAGCACACCUCUGGCCUCCAUCUAUGUCAAGUUCUUUGGGCAAGAAAUUGCCUUUGCCAACAUUGACAAAGCCAUCAUUGACCAGGCCAUUGCGCUCGCCACUGGACCAUCCGCUCAGGCUUUUGGUAGGGACACUUUCAAGGCUCUGCUGUCUGGUGCUUCCUUCCACAUUGCUAAGCCUCUGCUGGCUACUGAAGUGAGGCGCAUCCUGCCUACUGCUGCUGGUCUUCCAAUGGAGCUCAGUCUUUACACUGCUGCUGUGGCUGCUGCAGCUGUUCAAGUCAAGGCCACCACGACACCACCUCUGCCAGAAAACUUCCACCUCACUCACCUUCUGAAGACCGACAUGCAGCUUGAGACUGAGAUCAAACCAAGCAUUGCUAUGAACACAUUUGCUGUGAUGGGAAUAAACACCGCUAUCCUCCAGACUGCCCUGCUAUCAAGAGCCAAGUUCAACUCCAUUGUGCCUGCCAAAAUCGCUGCAAGACUUAACAUCAAUGAGGGUCAUUUUAAGAUUGAGGCCCUGCCUGUUUCUGUGCCUGAGCACAUUGCAGCUGUGCAUGUUGAGACUUUUGCUGUGGCGAGAAAUAUUGAGGAUCUUGCUGCUGAAAGAAUCACUCCCAUUAUCCCUGCCAAAGUCUGGGAACCCAUCUCAAGGGAGAUUCUCACAUCUAAGUUUGCUUCCUCUGCUUCUGCUAGCUGGUCAAAAUCCUCAGAGAUCCUUCACCAGGAUGUGGUAGCUGACAAGCCAAUUUUAAAACCCAAAGCAGCUCAGUUUGAGAAGAAGUAUUGUGCUAAAACUUAUGCCAUUGGGCUGAAGAGCUGUUUGAAGAUUGCCACUGAAAAUGCUGCUUUUAUGAGGGACAUUGCCCUGUAUAAACUGGCUGGAAAGCACACUGUUGCUCUUUCUUUGAAACCAAUUGAAGGUGAAGUCAUUGAGAGACUGGAGAUGGAGGUUCAAGUUGGACCAAAGGCUGCAGAGAAGCUCAUUAAACAGAUUAAUCUGAGCGAAGAAGAACUCGUUGCAGGAAGGCCCAUCUUGAUGAAGCUCAAGAAAAUCCUGGCUCCUGGUCUGAGGAACGGCACCUUAUCCUCCUCCUCUAGCUCCAGCAGCUCUCGUUCAAAGUCCUCUUCUGCCUUUUCCAGCUCCUCAUCUCGAGUCAGUAGCAAGGCCAUUGAUGCAGUUGCUCAAGCCAGAAGUCUUCGCAGCAGCAGCAGCAGCAGCAGCAGCAGCAGCCAUAGCAGCAGCCACAGCAGCAGCCGCAGCAGCAGCAGCAGCAGCAGCAGCCGCAGCAGCAGCCGCUCCUCCAAAUCUGUGGGCAGGUCUUCCAGGUCCAGCUCCGCAUCUAGCCUUGCAUCUCUCUUCAGCUCUAGCUCUAGUUCCUCUCGCUCCAGUGCUCGUAUCUCAAAGCAAGUGAUUUAUCGCCACAAGUUCCAGAAGAACCACAAGAGACAGGCUUUCACCUCUCAACGCACCUCAGCCGCAGUUUCCAAGAGCAGAAGCAGUGCCUCAAGCUUUGAGGCCAUCUACAGCAAGAACAAAUUCCUAGGCAAUGAAGUUGCUCCUAGCUUUGCCAUCAUCUUCCGGGCUGUCAGAGCUGACCACAAGGUGCAUGGUUUCGAACUCUCCGCCUACUUGGACAGGUCUACCGCAAGACUUCAGAUUAUUCUGGCUGCCUUGGCACCUGAUAACAACUGGAAGUUCUGUGCUGACGGAGUUGUGCUUAGCAAGCACAAAGUCACAGCCAAAAUUGCCUGGGGAGCAGAAUGCAAGCAAUACGACACCAUGAUCACAGCUGAGACGGGUCUUCUUGGUCCAAGCCCUGCAGCUCGCUUCAGAGUGGCCUGGAAUGAACUACCUUCUGCAUUUAAACGCUAUGCAAAGAGGGCCUAUGACUACAUCCCUGCCUCAACGUGGGCUGGCUUGAUUAAAGGAAAGGAUGAAAACAGCGUGAAGCAGCUGUCACUUACAGUGGUUGCAACAUCUGACAAAACCCUUGACCUCAUUUGGAAAACACCAACACGUACUGUCUAUAAGCUGGCUUUGCAUCUUCCCAUUGCUCUGCCACUUGAAGAAGUCAAAGGUCUCACCCCCUUUGAUGACCUUGCUGAUAAAGCCCACUACUUGUUCGCCAAGGCUAACGCAGCUGAAUGUAGCUUCGCCAGAGACACACUGACCACAUUCAACAACAGGAGAUACAAGAACGAGAUGCCCUUGUCUUGCUACCAAGUUCUGGCACAGGAUUGCACCGAGGAGCUGAAAUUCAUUGUCUUGCUGAAGAAGGAUCACAUUGAACAGAACCAUAUCAAUGUGAAAAUUGCUGACAUUGAUAUUGACCUGCACCCGAAAAACACUGAUGUGAUUGUGAAGAUUAAUGGAAGAGAAAUACCCAUCAACAACCUGCCAUACCAGCAUCCCACCGCUAAAAUUCAGAUCAGACCAAAGGGUGAGGGCAUCUCCAUCUUUGCUCCAAGCCAUGGACUUCACGAAGUCUACUUUGACAGGAACACAUGGAAGGUUAAAGUUGUGGACUGGAUGAAGGGACAGACCUGUGGUCUCUGUGGAAAGGCUGACGGGGAGGUCAAACAGGAGUACCGCACACCCAACGGACGCCUGACCAAGAAUGCAGUCAGCUACGCUCAUUCCUGGGUGCUGCCAGCUGAGAGCUGCCGGGACACCACUGAGUGCCGGCUGAAGCACGAAUCUGUGCAGCUGCAGAAACAGAUAAAUCUCCACGGCCAGGAGUCCAGCUGCUACUCUGUUGAGCCUGUGCUGCGCUGCCUGCCUGGCUGCUUCCCUGUAAAGACCACAUCAGUGACUGUUGGAUUCCACUGCAUGUCUGCCGACUCUGCUCUGAAUCACCCUGAGAGUCUGAGCAGCAUCUAUGAUAACAGUGUGGACCUGAGGGAAACUGCAGAAGCCCACCUAGCCUGCAGCUGCACUGCUCAGUGUGCUUAAUAACACUUCCUCUGUCACUCACUUGUGUCCUGUAUGUUUUGAAUGUAAUUUUAAAAAAACUGCAUCUCAAUUUUUUUUUUCCUGGAAUAUCAUAUCAUAUCUGAUCCAGAUGCUUUAAUGCAUAUUGGUGGUGAAGUAUUACAGUAAUGUUAAGACACUGUAUGAACAACAGAAGCUGCUUCCUUUACUCAAGCAGUUUGGGAAAGGUUUCCUUUUAUGCAACAAAAUGAUGUGUGAAAGGGACAAAGCUAGAGGAAAUCAUCACUCAUGACACCCAAAACAUUUAAGAGAAUUUACUCCCUGAGUUGAGUAUUUUGUAAAUUUCAAUUGAUUUUAAUAUUUCCAGUCACUUGUAGAUUGCUGACAAAAUGGAGAAAAAGUUUUGUUGACAUAAAACAUUUUCUGCUAGCAUUGUGUUGAGUACUGUCAUUUUUCAUGAUAAUGUGCUUUAAUGGGUCAAAAAAACAAAAUGACUGUUGUACAAUAUCCAUGGCAGAAAGUAAUAGAAACAUUGAUCAAUAUAAAUAUUUGCCAAUAUUGCAAGACAGUUCAGCUCCAAAACACACAGGAGCCCGACUGUCUAGUCACAAAAGCAAAUGACAAAGCAAUUUAUUACAGCACUUACCUCUAAA